UGCAAAAGAGGCUUCAACAUGUGGACAUUUGAGUGGUGUCAAAUGAAUGAAUUGAAAUUGUUAGUUUUGUGAGUGAGGUGCGCAAUUAAGCACCCAAAACCCCAAACGCUUCAUUUCAAGGUUGUACUUGCUGCUUCACUUUCCUUCUCCCCCUUCAUCUACCGCGAUUGAUUCAAUGGCUUCUGUAAUGCUAUGUGGAACUGAAAAGCUUGCACUUUUGAGUACCAGAACCCCAUAUGCAAAUGGGUUUGGUUUCACAGGUUCAGAUUUGCACGGGAAGAGCUUCCCCAAAUUGAGUUUCACUGCUACUGCUAGGGUUCCCAAUUCUAGGAGGACAAUGGUAGUACCUAGGUGCAGUGUCUCGGCUUCGCGGCCGAGCUCGCAACCGAGGUUUAUCCAGCACAAGAAAGAGGCGUUUUGGUUCUAUAGGUUCCUGUCAAUUGUGUAUGACCAUGUUAUAAACCCUGGUCACUGGACUGAGGACAUGAGGGAUGAUGCUCUUGAACCUGCUGAUCUUAGUAAUAGGAACAUGAUAGUUGUGGAUGUUGGUGGCGGCACCGGUUUCACCACAUUGGGGAUUGUUAAGCAUGUGGAUGCGAAGAAUGUUACCAUUCUUGAUCAGUCACCUCACCAGCUUGCUAAAGCUAAGCAAAAGGAGCCGCUUAAGGAGUGUAAGAUAAUUGAAGGGGAUGCUGAGGAUCUCCCUUUUCGAACUGAUUACGCGGAUAGAUAUGUUUCCGCAGGAAGUAUUGAGUACUGGCCGGAUCCGCAGCGAGGUAUCAAGGAAGCAUACAGGGUUCUGAAAAUUGGGGGCAAAGCAUGUUUAAUUGGUCCGGUCUACCCUACAUUUUGGUUGUCGCGCUUCUUUGCAGAUGUUUGGAUGCUUUUCCCAAAGGAAGAAGAGUAUAUUGAGUGGUUUGAAAAGGCAGGGUUUAAGGAUGUCCAACUAAAAAGGAUUGGUCCAAAGUGGUAUCGUGGGGUUCGCCGUCAUGGCUUGAUCAUGGGUUGUUCGGUGACUGGUGUUAAGCCCGCAUCUGGAGAUUCUCCUUUGCAGCUUGGUCCGAAGCAAGAAGAUGUUAAAGAGCCUGUAAAACCUUUUGUUUUCUUCCUGCGCUUUCUUUUGGGAGUCCUGGCUGCUUCAUGGUUUGUAUUGGUUCCUAUUUACAUGUGGCUCAAAGAUCAGAUUGUUCCGAAAUCUCAGCCAAUCUAAGAUGUUUGUAGUUUGUGAGACUUUCUAUACUGUGUCUUGUUCAAAGUUUCAUCAAAUGUAAGAAUAUUACAUGUUUAAUUGAGAAAUAAUUUGCCUAAUUUCAUUAUCA